AUGGCUCAUAAUGAAGCACAGAAGACCUUUAAUAAUAAUGAAUAUCUAAUUAUUUUAAUUUUUGAUUUAUUUUUAACUUUUCAGACUUUUGACAAAACUAAUUUACCUUCAGCUAAAUUUUAUGAUGUGCUGGAUAAAAAUUCUAUGGGAUUAAAUGUACCAUAUUGUAAAGGUUUUUCUAAUAGUUACGGUACAAAAGGACAAAUUAAAAAUCUUUGUAUAAAAUAUAUAAAUUAUUUAAGAAAUCAAGAGAAAAUAUGGAGUAAUUUUGAAUACAUUAAAAGGAAUUGUAAUAUUUUUACAUUUUGGCUAUAUGAUAAACUAUCAAUAUCUCUUAAUAUGGAUGCAAAAUAUUGUUCUAAUGCAUUAUCUGAAAUCAACCUUAUGUGGACUAAGACAUUUUCUUUGGAUGGUCGUAACAAUAAAUAUAAAUGUAAUCCUUAUCAUGAUAUUCAGAAUUAUCAUUAUGCAUGGGAAAAUGCUAAAAAACUAUUUGAUUACUCUAUCAAUUUUGAUUAUAUUAAUUCUAUAAAAAGUAAUAGCAAAGAAAACUGUGAUAAAUUAUGCGAAUACCUCAGUGAUAUAGCUGAUAUAUAUAUAGAUAAUAAUAAGCGUUGUAAUCAUAAUGCAGAACAUAUGUGCCCUGGUUUAUGGAAUGAAUACGAAAAGUACAAUCCAAAAGACUUGUUAGUUAAGUUUAAUUGUCAUGAUGAUGUUCCCGUAUUAGAUAUUGAUGUACAUGAUGUAUCUGAAGGAGGACGUGAUGGUGUACCUGAAAAAGAAACUGAAGGUGGACUUGAAAAAGGAACUGAAGGUGAACCUGAUGAAGGACUUGAAGAGUCACCUGAUGGAGAAGAGUUUCAUGAUAUUCCUGAAGAUGGAAUGGUUUUUCAGGAUGAUGCACAAUUAUUGCAUGAUGAAUCCAAUACUUUAGGUACAUUUGGUAAUUCUCUUUUAGGAUUAGUUCUAUCAUCUAUGUUAUUAGGUGUUUUAUAUAAUUUUACGCCAUUAGGAAGAAUAUUUCAAAAUAAGUUUCCAAAUGUUGCUUAUAUGAUAAACAAUCUAAGUCAUAAAGGAAAAAGGUUAUCCAACCAUAGAUCAGAUACGUAUAGCCCAUUUCGCGAAUAUUUGGAAGAAAAUUAUAUAAGAUAUGACCCAGUCUAA